UGUUGAUUUAGAAACUCGUUAGCGUGCUUUUCCUCAACUUUUCAGUUUACAUGAAUGAGUACAUUUCCGGUUGUAGAAGGAAGUUCAAGUUAUUUACAAGCACGAACGGCGAAGUAGUGCUAGCUACAGUUCGGACGGUUUGCUACUAUGAAAGUGUCCCGAUUUCAGAGGUAUUGUUCGAUGUUAAAUUUUGUGCUCUGUUGUAGGCAUGAACGAACAUACUGAUUCAUGAUACCAAUUUGACCUCAGUUAUUCACUAGAAAAGAACGUCUACGUAGCGUUGAGCUCUAGUGCUCUAUGGAAUAGAUAAAAAUGUUCAAUUGAUUGCCUAGAAGAUACUAUAUAUCUUUGAUUUUUUUUCAAUGAAUGAUCGUCACGUUUCCUGUCAGAAGUUUGCACGAGUUUCGAUCGAAGAAGGUCAAAAUUAAUGCAUGUAACAAAACAAGAUCGUGUAUUUUCCAUGCGUGUAUUUUCUUUGCUAUCAAUUAUUAUUGCUUGACAAGCUAUAACAUACUCUCGUUCCUUAUAGCAUUCAUUUAUUUCUGUCAAAUUGAUGACGUGCUCCUUCAGAGCAAGUCGAACUUAGGAACGAACCGCACGCAGUCGCUUAGACACGAAGUUACAUGUCAUUUUUUCUGCUCUGUUUCUGAUCGGCUCAGUUGGAUAAAAACGGCUUGAAAUCAAAAUUAUCGCUUUUUAGCGUUCAGUUGACGGACUAGUUUUAUGCGGUCAUUAAAUUUUUAUACCGAUCUGUAUAAAAGAUUUCCCUAGACCUAAAACAAGUUAUUACAACAGGAAAAACAAACAUUCAGUAAGACUGUUUAAGGUAAGACUUCUCGCUGGCUUCGAAAGAAUAAUUCAUCGUAAUUCCGAACAAUGCUCCUUGCCCAUCUCUUUUUUAUCUUUAUGUUAAUAAUAAUGUUUCAGAAUUCAUCAAUAAUUCACCUUUUCAUGGUUAUGUUAAAAUCUAACGCUUUUGAAACCGACGUUGAAAUUACCGAUGGUAACCAAUCAAAAUUAAAAGGACGAUCCCGCGGCUUCCUUAGCUCAAAAAGGAGGAGUAACUUAAGCAUCCUUAUUUGCAAUUUUUGAGGUUGAUUGUUUCCGCUUUGUUUUGUCUCCAUGGAAACGUUGAAAAUACAAUACCGUCUUAAUGGGUAGCAUAACGACUGAUAAGGAAGCGAAUUUUUUUCUGAUCGAGGACAUCGAUCCAUUUUGUUUUUAGCCGUAUCUGCUUGAUAUCUUAGGUUAAACGAUCAGGUGAAUAAGGAGCGCCCGCAAGGGGUAUACGUUGAAGGACCCCUGUUGUGAAAAACGGUGAACAGAGGAAUGAGUAUCAUCAGUUUACCAUUGAGCCUGUUCCAAGGAUUCAGAUAAAGGGGAAAAAUAAACUCGUACCCAGAUCUCACUCUGUUAAGGUGUGAGAUUAGGGGAAAGCGCAAAGAAAAUAGACAAUUAAAUUUUCAGUAACCACUAAAAUAUCGGCCAUGAUGACCGCCAUUUUAAAUGACUAACCUAAGUUAAAUACCUGCCAAUUGUUUUAUGAUCACAUGGUAGAUAAAAAGCCGUCUAAUUUCACGCUAGCCUUCGUGUCUGACCAACAUAAUUGUGACACCGGAGGUGUAACUUUGUAGCAUCUAAAUCCAGUAGCUUUAGAAUAAAUAUAAGAAAAUUCUGUCCAACAGUUAUAGGAUGUUAUUAUUGGAAUGAUAUUUCUUUAUCUUUAGGUAAAAAGACAACUAAAAAAAUUGUUUAAAAGAGCACUAUAUUACUAUUAUCUUGCUCAGUACUAAUAACUGCCAUACCGACCCUGGUGUGUUCUUAGAUAUUUUUGUGUACUUUCCUUUUUAAUUUCUCUCUUUUACAUUUCAAACUUCAAAUACUUGUCUUUUUUUUCUCUUUUAUCCUAAAUAAAACUGUAAUUUACUCAUUGGGCUUAAAAUUAGUUUUACUAUUUCUGGCCCUUCCGCCAUUAAUUCUUGUGAUAAUGAUGUCUUCGAAUCUGGUAAUAUAAAUAAAUGGAUGAAAUAGCUAGUAAAAUACAGAAGAAAAUACAACUGACUCACAGCCCAUGUUUAAUUAAAUUCCGUCUUUAUUUCAACAGGCGCGGUGAGAUUUCUGAGCAGAUCUUCAACUUCAUCAAUGGCGAGUUUAUUCCCCCUCUUGGAGGAGCAUUUGCUGAGACAUUAAAUCCAAGUACUGGAGAAGCCCUAUGCAAGUAUCCUCUAUCGAACAUUUUGGAUGUACAAAAAGCGGUGGAAGCUGCGAAAUCUGCGCAAAAGCAAUGGUCUAAAAUGUCUACGGUACUGUCACCUGAUAUAAAUUGUUUGCAUCUGACACUUUAUAGAACCUCUAAUAGGGCGUUUUCACUCACGUAACCAGCAUCUAUGCAAAUUUAUUGGAACAAAAGAAAGCGUUGCAUAAGAAAAGAGUUCAACUCCCACAGGAUUAGUUCGGGACGCCAACAAGUUAAGGCCGCCGUUUCAUUGUUUUGGGACACCAAUAUGGCCGCCGUGACGUCAUGUGAAAACACUCUAUUUGAACUCGACUUGGUGAUUCAAAGGUAAAAUUUCCCACAAAUGUCAAGGCCUCUAGAACAAUUUAAAAUUCGAGCCUUUUCCGCCCGUCCAAUCAGAGGGAAAGGUGUAAAGCAAUUACAAUUACAUCACUAGUGACAAACGUCUGAUUGAUACUGCGCGUCCACGUGACAUGGCCUUAAGCCAAUGGCAUUGCCAGGAAUGGAAAAAGUACUGACAUUUUCUCAGUUAAAACUAUUUGUUGCCAAAAAUUGCCACUUCAUAUAUGGUUCGCAAUCUGAUAAGUUCAUUGUAUGCUUACCAAAAAUUGCCAUUAUAAUUCACCAUAUAUCACAACUGCCAAGGUUUUAAAGAGCACAUUUAUCUUCCGAAUUUUAAAAUUUAAACACUGGUUUUUUAAUUACGACCUCAAUAUUAGAUCAAUGUUCUACUUCUUUUAUUGUUUGUUAUUUGUUUUUGUCUCAUGCAUGCUUUUUUUACAUCAUAAGAUCAAGAGAGCCAACGUAUUGAACCAAGUGGCUGAACUGUUGGAGAAAAGGUCUGAAGCGUUUGUUCGCGCGGAGAUUAUGGACCAGGGACGAGCUAUCCAAGGCGCCAGUAAAGAGUACAAUGAUGUUCACAGAGAGGUUCACAAUAUCAAACACUUUACUGCUUUAGCGAUAGCCAUGACAGAAUCAGCGACGAAAACAAAUGGUAAUGAAUUGGGUUUUAUCCGGUCCAGUUAUCAGGAAUGAAACUUCCUCUCACAAUUGAAAUUUUGAGAAAUAAAAGAGCGGAAUUUUCACAUUUAUAAGGCAAAAUGCUUGAAGAAAAGAGAGAGAACCAACAACAAACUCAACCCACAUAUGGCGUCGACGCUGGGAUUUCCAACCCGAGCCACAUUGGCAUCCGCAUGAGGCGAGUGCUCUCAUCAUUGCAUACCAUGCCAGUUUAAGACGAUUUUGCGUGGUGAAAAAUUGGUGUUUGCUAACAUUGAAAGAGUCGCCUGAAAUCUCCCAGGACGAAAAUGGGAAUUGGCUUGGGAAAGAAUUCGUUUCCUUGAUCAACUAUUUUGUUUCUGAAGGAAGAGUCUUUACCGACAUCGGCUUAACAGUCGCUGUCAAAAUAGCUUAUUUCGAGUCUACAUGGGAUUCACAAACAGAAUAUACUGUAGGCCGGUUAUUGUUCUAAAGUGAUCUAUUUUCUUUCUUGAUAGAUUCUGUCAGUUAUUCGUGCCGUUAUCCUCUGGGGGUGAUCGGAAUUGUCACAUCUUGGGCGUCACCUCUACACUCGGUGUUGUGGCACGCCAUUCCAGCGCUGGCCUGUGGUAACUGCGUUAUCAUCAAGCCAUCAUGUCUGGCACCAAUUGAAAUUCAUUUACUGGCCAAAACAUUUAGUGAUGCAGGUAAUUGACUAAACACAUGAUUGCCAGUGCCGGUCUUGUUCCAAAAAAAAUUCGUAUAAAACAGGAAAAAAAUUACCACCAGGACAACCAAACACGUAGAAUUAGUAUCGCCGAUCCCCAUAUCAACACCUGCGUGGAAAGGGACAGAAAAACCAUUAGAGCAAUCCCCCUACCUCCCCCUCCCCCUCCCCAAAAAAAGGCCCUCGCAUCCCUGGCGGCGCUAGUAGUAAAGUGAAAUACACCAGGCCAAAAUCAGGGGGAAGGGCGCUGAAACACUUUUAAAAUUUCUCUUUCAAAGCUGUCGUGCCCACAAAUGAAAUUUAAAGAAAUAAAAUCAAAGAGAACUAGUUGCCUGUGCUCAGCUUUUCGGUUAAGACUGCAAGUGUUGUAGUUCUAUUCAUUUAUUUAUAUAUUUAUUUAUUUGCUGGCGGAGCCGCGAAAAGAUUGUCUCCGCUUCCAAGAAAGUACCCCGGGCAUAACAAUCCCGCCAGCUACGUAGGCUCGAGAGCUACUGGAAUUCUUUUUGAUGUAUCCAUACGCAACAUGGGGAGUGAACCCCAAGGAUUUCUGAUGUUGCUGCCUGUUAAAGCCUUAAAUAAGGACCUGACUUAAUAUUUAAGCUAAUUAGUAUUUUAAAUCUUUUGUAAACAAGGAGUACCGAAAGGUAUAGUGAAUGUGGUGUAUGGUAAAGGAGACGCUAUUGGGAAAGCCAUAACUCAACAUCCCAGUAUGAAGGCAUUGGUCUUUGUAAGUACUUCAUUUGCAAAUAUAAUUAACCUAAACACUCGGAAUGACUGACACAAAGGAACACAGCUAUAGAUAAUAGUUUCCUUUGAAAUCAGGAAGAUGACUGCAAGUGACUGACUGUACGUCAGUUAAUUAGCAAUGAGAAUCGAAGCCAAAGACCUCCCAACAAUAAACGUUUGUUAAGUUCCAACUUAUAGCCCAAGAACUUACACCACAGGCUUGACUGCAAGAGGUUUUUCAUCAAACGCACAUGGUUUGAUGUUCCUUAUUUACUAAAACAGCAGUAAAAGGUGGAAACGUUACCUUAUCAAUCCCGAGGUCGAGGGGAGUGGUUCACUCCUGUUUGAAAGCAACGGCUUUGGUCGUCAGAAAAUUAGAACUUAAUCCCUUAAGUAUGCCAAUCUGGGUGUUGCUUUAUUCGGAACCCUAAAAUAGACCAUGCUAAACAAAGGACAUUUCUUGUGUUUUGCUUAUCAGGUAGGAAGUGAAAGGACUGCUUGUAAAGUCUUAAGAGAUAGAAGUGACCAUCUGCUUUAUACAAAGAAGAUUUCGUUUAACUUGGAAAACUGUCAUGCAAUGAUUAUCUUUGACGACGCAGAUCUAGACGAAGUCCUUCCAGCUGCAAUUAGGGGAAGGUAAAUUUAAGUUUAGACGCUUUAGGUACUAUAUUAGACUUAAGACAAUUAGACAGUGAACAUUAAUAUAGAGAUAGCUUGUUAUUUUGAUGCACAGUUUAUAAACUAUGCGAUGUAUGUUACCUUUUCAGGUAAGUGGUCCAUCAUUUUUUCACGUAGUACGAUCAGCAUUGCAGUAUUCUGCUUGCAGAAUUUAAUAUGUCUACUUUAUUAUUUUUGCUGAUCAGGUCUUUAUAGAUCCUACGUUCUUCAGCAUAUUCGUUUGCGGUCCUUUGCAGUCCCUUGCAAUUGUGGUUAAUGUUUGUACUUUAUAAAUGUUUGGUCUUGUAAGACACGUGGUAUGACGUGAUUCUGUGGGUGUUAGGAAUUCUGGGUCAGGGCUAAAAUCAGAGUGCGCGGAUAUUUUUUCAUCAGAGACUGAUCUCUGAUUGUUACGCCAUACUGAGGAGCCCCAAAGAGGGCGAAACAGCUGUCUAUGGCUACAAUCCCGCUUUGUUUUGAGUUCUUUCGGUGUCGUGUUGAUGUCUUGCAGAGUUAAUUUUCACGUAGUAUGAUCAGCAUUGCAGUAUUCUGGUUGCAGAAUUUAAUAUGGCUCCAUCAUUGUUAGCUAUAUUGUUUCCUAAAUUAAAAUGGCUCAGCAAAACGGAAAUGCUUUUUUGUCAGUCGUUUGACUUUUUGUUCUUAAGGAUAGAACCUGAACUUCGUUUAACCCAGUUCUACCAACUCUUGUCCUAAUUGCUCUCAUGAAUUAUGAACUGAGUUGUCAGAAAACUCCCACAGUGGUAUAUGCACUUUGUUGCAAAAUUUGACUCGGAAACUAAAAAUGCUUGAAAGGAACCCACUAAAAAUCUAUACUCUCUUUAACAGCUUUAAGUAAUUAGUCAGUACUUAACAAAAAGGUCACCUGUAGAGUGAGGUAUUCGUAGCUAAUGCUGUUUAUACAUACGAAUAGAGAUCACCGCGAUUGUGAAUCAGGAAACUCAUGGAAAAUAUUGCAUUUCUUUUCUUUUGUUUUGUCUUCACACAGUUUCCUUCAUAAUGAGGGUCAACAUGUCCAUUCUGUCAAUCGAAUUUUUGUUCAAACAUCCAUUCUACAAACGUUUACAGAUAAAUUUAUCAGAGUCGUGCAGAGAUUGAAAAUUGGAAAUCCUUCUGAAAGCAGCAUACAGGUAAGAACAUACUUUUUAAAUCUCAUCGCGGCCGUUAUAUUAUAAGGGGCGAGGUGUUGCUUUAAGGUCUCGGUAAAGGAAAACGAGGUGCCCACAGAAAAAAAUUCUAGUCGCGCCAGUAUUUUCGCUACAAAGGCAAGUUAUAUAUCAAAUUAAAGCUAAAAGACUAAAUUACCUUAUAAAAUAUUUUAUUUCAUCGAAUUUCAAAAGGCGCUUAAGUUUUUUGCUCUCGAACUCAGAGGUAUCGAGUUUACUGCUGAAGCUCCAGCCCUUUCGCGUUGUUAAAUAUUCACUUUCUUUUUAUUGCAUCUGAUUGACAGAUUAAAGACCUAAAAAAGGGUGUGAGGAAAUUUGCAUAUGUCUCGUAUUAGGGGAAUUAUUACAUUUCAAACUAAAAAGUCGAAUCUCGAGCACGAUUUACGCAAAGAAACUGACAUAAAAUGAGUUACAAAGGGAAAUCGGAAAAUUCCUCACACCCUUUUUAAGUCUAUAUCAUUAUCCAUCAUAUCUGAAAGUUUCAAAGCGAUAGCUUAAAACCUGUCCCGACUGGAGGUCGGAGAAUUUUGAUUUUUGCGUCUAAAAUAGAGUGAGAGAAAAUCAGCUCUAAAGAUUUAGCGCGAGGUCCACGCUUGGCUGGUUAGCUCAGGAAAGGCUCAUUUUAGAAGGGUUAAAAAGCACUUUCUGAUUUUCUUUUUCUGCCAAAAUAAAAUUUAGGACCCACUCAUGCCAAAAAUCCAAAAAAAACAAAAUCGAGCAAUGUACUAAAAUUUUCAUUUACCGAGACCUUAAGUAUAGCCAAAUACGACACUUUUAAGAGCUUUCAUUUUAGUAUCUUGAUUUUAUGUUACUAAAUGGAGGGAAAAAUUAAAGUGGGUUGACUAUUAAGUCUCACCUGGUCUGCCAUUUUUUAACCUUAUAUUACUGUAUUUCUGUCGUCUUAUGACAAGGUCGUCGGUAUAAUAAUGAUUAUGAUGAUGAUGACGAUGACGAUGAAGAAGAUGAUAAAGAUAACAAUCAAUAAUCAAAUUAAAAAAAGCUGCAAAUCAAAUCUAGCUCUAUUCUUAAGUGCAGUGGCGAAUCCAGACAUUCCGAUAAGGCGGGGGCCCGGUCAUCCAGACCCUGAGAGAAGGGAGAUGCCCGGUCUCAAAAAAAUUUUUUUUCGGCCCUUGGGGCCUCAGUUUGGUCUAAAAAUAAGGGGGGGCCCGGGCCCUUCGGGCCCCUCCAAUAGAUCCGCCACUGAAAUGAGUACUUCUUCUGUGUCCACUUCCUUAAUACUUUAACAUCAGCAAAAGGCGUUUUUCAAGGGUAUGUCUGUAGGGCUUUCAUGAAUCAAUGACGAUAAUUCAUACGUUUUCAAAGGGAUGCAGACUAUGAAAAAUGUGUUUCUUCUGUGCAAAUGCCAACAAUACAGAAAAUUUAUCCAGAUCCACCACUGGUCAGAGUUAAGCUCCAUUACAAUACUCCUUAACUGCUGAUCUGUUUUUUGACUUAUUUUUUUGUAGGUUGGACCUUUAAUAAGUAGGGAGCACAGGCAAAAGGUAAUAAACCUUAUCCAAGGAGCUGUAAACGACGGUGCAGAGAUCCUGUGCGGUGCCAAAAUUCCAAAACUAGACAGCAAGUUGAACAGAGGAUACUUCUUAGAGCCCACCGUACUUGGAGGUUAGUUUAAGAGUUAGGUUUUAAUUAUGGUCUCAAGCGAAAUAUGAUUGCUUUGAGUCGAGAAUCUUGAAAAGGGUUUUUUAGGUCUGGGGUGUAAAUGACAUCAACAUUCGAAAACACAGCUAAAAUAAGGGUACUCAGCUAUGAAACCCCGUUUUUUUUAUAUCUACCUCGAAUUGUAAAUGGAGGUGUCUCAAUAACCAGCUAUUGAUUACCUCAAUUGGCCCUGUAUUAGACUUCGAAACAGUCAAGUCCCGGGUAGAUAAACAGCGCGCCACUGACGUCAUUUGUUCAAUAACUCUUUCUAUUAUUGGGCUUUUGACGACAGGAAAGGCUUGAAAUUAUGAGUGAAUAAUAAUACAUAAUGCAUAGAAGGAGUGCAGCCAUCAACAAGGAUUGCUCUUAAGACGAGGGACAUACGGAGAAAAUAAGAGACUGAGGAGAUAUCCAAGGGCAAAAAAGACUCCUGGGAUAAGGAAAAAAAACCUUAGGUUCCGUAUCACAUCACUUCCCAGAUAUGACUCUUACACAAUGAGCAAUGAAAAAAAAGACAAUGUCCCUUAGUGACUAUCCCUAGCUAGUGUUUAUCUAUAAUGGUUUGUGGGAAUUGGUAAUAUAGGGAAGGGAUACACCUCCAAUUGAUCCUAUGAGUCCCGAACGUACCCAUUCCCAUUGGGUAGGGUUUGUGCCUACUGAGGCUUAUCCAUGCAAGAAAACACUCUAAGAAGAGUAUUUUGAAUAUGGUGGGAUGCUAUGUUAUCCUAUUUUACAUUUAAUAGGAUUUCAAAGCAAUUUUACGGACACUAUUAACACUAUGGAGGUUCCAGGACCAGUGGUAAAUAUGAACUUAUAUAAAAUUAAUCAAAUGCUGCUUUCCUAAACUAAGUUGGUGUGAAUGGGGCAAUAAGAAGAGUGAGACUGGUGAGAAGGUGAGGCUUGCGUGGUUCGCGCGAGAAUCUCACACUAGUACUUCGCGCCUCGCGCCUCGCGCCUCGCGCCUCGCGCCUCGCGCCUUGUAAACUCAUAAUUCAUAUUUUAGCGUUAAAAGUGUUCUAAACACAAAUGUGAAGGGAGCGGUGAAUGUGCCAAAAUUGCAACAAAGUAAAGAGGCAGAACGAGAAGUAAGCUCAGGCGCCGCCAAGCGAUUUUCAUUAUAACAUAAGAACUGGACAGGAGAUUUGUUAAUUAGGCAAAGAUUUAACUACAAGCUAUGUAGCGAUAAAUUACAAAGCAAAUACAAAUACUUAUCUGCUUGGUAGUUCCAAGGAGUUUUCAAGGUUCCAGAACAAUAUAACACAGAGAAGAAAUCCUUAAAUACUUUAAAUCUUCUCUCGCAUCUGACAAACAGCUUAUUCUAAAAUGGCGGCAAUAUUACUCUUUUUUUUUGUUUAUGUUAAUUAGCCCUCUUUACCUCGACUGUAUUUGCCAAUGAGAAAAGAACUUCGACCUUGAAACGAGGCCAAUUAAUAUUAUUCUAUAGGGCCAAUAGGCCUCUUUUGUGUGUAUUUUUUGUUUUCCCGAUGAAGGGCUCUGGGGAAUUCGCACGUGAGUAGACAAAAUAUGUAAGGAACAGUUCUCAAAAGUAUUAUCAUAUGAUCUACACGUACAUUGUAAAAACAAAAAUACAAGCUAAAGAGGUCUAUUUAACAUUAUCAGUCGGCCUCCGUAUUGGGGUAGGAUGUAUGCGCUUCGUUUUUUUCUGUCUUGCCGGGAAGCACUUUUUCAUGUCUCUAUGCAAAUAUAAAUCACAUUUUACAUAAUAAUAAUAAUAAUAAUAAUAAUAAUAGUAAUAAUAAUAAGUACAAAAUCAUUCAUAGCAAAGUAAAUUAAAACUUUUUUUUCCAAAGGUUAGAUUGAUACCAUUUCGCACCUCAGACGAGGUCAUAGAAGCUGUUAAUAUAACGUCGUACGGACUAUCUGCUUCGAUUUGGUGCAGAAAUGUUAGUUUAGCUCACUCCGUGGCAGACCAGCUAACUUUCGGGUAAGGCCAUGAAUGGUACCCUAAGAAGACAGGCGACGUUCCUCGACUUUACCACUGGCCAUGCAUGGUUUUCCCGCGAAAUGACGCCUGAGGAACGAGCGCAGAAAUCCCAUACUGGUGACGCGUCACUACCCAGAUCUGGAUAGUGCUUCCGAUUGGUUGCAGCAAAUUUUCAACCAAUCAGAAGCACCUCCCUAGGUAUAUUUAGGUAGAAAUGCGUCAUCAGAAUGGAAUCUCUACAGUUUUCUUCUGACGCCAUUUUGCGGAAAAACCAAUGGUGACUUCGAGAAAUGCCUGCCGUUUUCUCAAGCUAUAUUAAGGCAGGUUUGAAAGAAAAUGUCCGACUAGCAUACACGCAAGUCUGUCCCCAUUCCGAAUUGAGAAUGCCUGAGACCUUUAAUCCUUCUUGCACAAGACUUCAAUGAGCCUUGAAUAACGAUUCUUUACGUUUAAGCUAAAAUUUGGCACAAAUAUUAAUCGCCCCGGUUUGGUCGGCCGGGUGAGUUUCAUUCUGAAAAUAAUAAUUGGUUUUCACAAUGGCUUGAGGUUUGACGAAUACGAAGGAGAACAAUUCGAAUUCUCCGUAGUAUUGCAAUUGUCGUGACGAUUUAAUUGGUUCUGGAGUCUUGAGUCGGUGAUUGCUGUGUUUCAUCUGUGCUUUUUAAGAGUGAAUCUUACCGUCUUUUCGUCACAGUGCUUAGAUUUGGUCCCCACCGACUGAUUUCUAAGAGAUAGUUAUCAAAUACAAGGAAUGAGAAAAUUUACCCACAACUUACGAAUCACUGUAACUCAGAAAAACAGGGGGAGAGACGGAGAUUUGGCAAAACUUAAUGUUUGUUUUGUUGUUAUCUUAUUUUAUUUUAUUUCUGUAUUAUUUUUCAUUUGUAAUUUUAUUUUAUCCUUUUUUCACUUCAUUUCUUUUUCAUGAUCUUAGCUCGGUGUGGAUAAACAGCUGGCUGCCAAACAAUCCUAGCAUGCCUUCUGAUGGAUGGAAACACAGUGGACCAGGAAGGACAGGAGGCCUUUACUCUAUGGACUUCUACACUGAACUAAAAACCGUCAACAUAAAAUUAUAAAUCGUCCGAGACAUUUAACUUUUUAGUAACC